GGCCUCCUUACGUGCUAUGCUUGGAGUUUUCCUGGUGCUUAGUUCAAACAAUGGAUAAUAUGAACACGGUAUGACACCUGCUGACAAUCAAAGACAGGCACCUUCGGAAUCUUCUUGCCAUAGAUACAAACAAGGGAAACAGCCUUCUGUUCACAUGAUUACACAGCCCCAACACACAUGGACUGUUACCCAUGCCACUACCACCUGCAAUGCUGGCCACAAUAUUUCGCUCUCACCAGUCUUCCCACCGGGACCUGCACUUCCUGAGACCACUACCAGGUUACAUGGUUCUAUUCCAGCUGGCGACAAACAAACAAUUUGCCCUCCUCAAGUCCCUUGUCUACAACCCUCUCCCGGUGCUACGCUUCCACGCUGUGGUCAACCUCUUCAUGGUCUACAGAACAUUCCAGUUGUUUCACACUCUCAACAUCACCUGACAUUGAGUCAACCUCUCCCGCGUCAUUUGCAGAUCGACAGUGCUUAUGAUUCUGAUGAUUCCAUAACUAAUGAUUUUCAACACGCCAGUCCCAAUCACACAAGCAAGCUGACAUUUAAUGGCAUUCAAUACACUGAGCCAAUUAAUACACCCAUCCUCAACCAAAUCAAGAGGUCAAUCUGCAAAGAUAUUUGGAGAAAUAAAUUCAUCGACUUCUCUUCUCUACUACCCUCUUUCCCUUCGUCUACCUGCGAUCCCCAAUUCUCAUUUCAACUCGAUCAACACUCGAACUUUACACUUCGACCCUCCACCCGCACCCAGAAAAUCAUAACCAUAGAGUCCUGGACAUCAGCUUUUAUAAAAUUCACAGCAGUGUAUACAACCAAAUUUCCCCAUGAAGCUGCACAGCUUAUGAAGUACGCUGAAAUCGUCCGGACAUUGCAGCUAGCUGUCCUGGUCUUGCUUUUUACCAUUACGACAUCCAUUUCAGAAGGUUACGAGAGUCCGCCCCCCUCCCCUGGGAUAGAUUGCAUACUGAGUUUUGGCUCAGGGCGUGUACAUCUUUUCACCAACAACCCACUCCGUUUUCAUCUCCCAUCCAUACAUCUUUUCAUAGCUCGCACAGCCACCGUAUCCAUAGGUUCCAUGACAAGACCUGCUGGAAUUUCAACAAAAGAACGCUUUGUCGCAAUGCCAAAUGCCCGUACCCUCACAUCUGUGGUUUCUGCAGGGGGUCCCACGCAGCCUACCACUGCCAGUUCUCAAGCAAACGAGACACCGUCAAAUUACCAUGACACAGUAUAACCAAUUUUAUUGGUCAAACAUAAAUCCCCCCCCCCCCAUGUUUUCAGGUGCACACUACAUUGUGCUUAGUUCAGGUCAUGUUACCCUAUUUCCUCAAACCGCACUUUUCAAUGCUCUUCUUUUUUCUUUUCUUUUUUUGCCGUUUUCUGGUAUACUGGUUACCACCUGUUUCAUUUUGAGCUAUACAUGCACCAACAACAUCACUAUUUACCAUAUCCAAUAACCUGGCCAGCGGCAUUCAUCUGCUUCCUUAUAAUACACGUCAACUCUCACAUGUUGAAACCCUCCCCUCAUGCUUACAUUCCUACUUACACGGUUUUGAUCUGUCGGUUAACGGCAACAGAUCAUCCCAUUAUUUCAUAUCCGUCUUGACCACUAGUUCUGACGGUUCUAUAUAACAGAUCUACUCAUCACUCUUAAGUAUCCCAGCAUAUUGAAUGCCAUUACCAACGGUUAACACUACUCUUUGCAUAAACGCAGUCUCACCGACGGUUUAAGGCCGCGGUGGUUUUUCAAUUUCUAUUUUUAUGCUGUUAUUUGCUGUAUAAACAUUAGAACCAUUUCACCGAUGGUUUAAGGCCACGGUGCUCAUUUUUAUAUGUUGUUCAUUGUUGUUGUUCUAAAGAUACACUGGUUAACCCGACGGUUUAAGGCCGCGGUGCUCUUUUUUAUGUGUACGUUGACGGAUGUAGUUGUAAAGAUACAUUGGUUUUACCGACGGUUUAAGGCCGCGGUGCACUUUUUUAUGUACAUGUAUGUUUACUGAUAUAAUUCUAUGAAUUACACUGGUUUAACCGACAGUUUAAGGCCGCGGUAAACCUGUGCUAAAUGUUUUACCACAACUGUGGUGUACUUAAUUGCUGUAAUUAUUUUACUUUAAAGUAUUGCCGUUAUGCUUUUUGUUUUUGUGUUUAUAGUCUGACGGUUCAAUUUGGCCUUAAAGUAUUGCAUUUUUGUUUUAUGUUUUUGUGUUUAUAGUCUGAAGGUUAAAGGCCGCAGUUUUUAUUAAGUGCCAUGUAACCUUCUUUUACCUUUGAUCUCAAACAGCCCCUAUAGCCAAAUGGUCAUUCUUGCCAAUUUUUUGUACAAUCUCUGACGGUUAAAGUUCGCAGUUUUUAUUUUUCAUGCUUUUGUUUUCACCUUGUUGUUCUAGGCCGCAAUCACUGUAUCUAUUCUUUUUAUUUAUUUUGAUGGUACAGUGCCGCAUCUUUAUGCUUUCACUUAUAAAUGUUCCUUUGUGAUAAUACUAUACAAUUACUGACGGUUUAAGGCCGCAGUCGGAUUGCAUUUCUGUUGUUUGUUUUUAUAUUUUUCUCAUGUUCUCGACCACAUCAUGUAUUUGAAUAUGCAGUAAGCACAUUGUGACUGUUCGUUUUCCAGUGUUUUACCAUUAAUCAUUUCAACUUUUUCUGCCUUUCCUUGUCCGUUUGCAUUCAUGACCUGGGUUGAACUCGUAGUAAUCUCAGUCCGGUCUCUCUGGGUGGCGGCGGAGGAUUCUCCUUGUGGCGGUUUUUCCACCCAGAUAUGUAUUUCGGGAAAUGUUAUUAUACACAUACUAUUGACACUUAUGUUUUAUUUUACGAUAUUUCGUAAAAACACUUUUAUGGCAUUAAUAAAUGCCCUAUUUUCAUUCAAAGCUUGUGUUACGUUUUCCCUUCAUCCAUACGAGUUCGACCCGGCCUGUGACUUAGUACCUUGACGUUGAGCAAUACAUAAAUGAAAUUUUAUGCAAACAUAAAAUUAUUUAUGGAAUUGUUCAACCAUUAAUUUAGUGGUUAAAAUGGUAUUUAACCAUGUCAGCACCCUGCAUAAAUUAUUGCCUCAGCCAAUCACCUUUGAGUUUUAUCUCAUGUGGCUCUGAACAGCCAAUCACGAUACGUUGUAGCCAUUACUGAUAUAUUUUUAGCGUGGGCGAAAG